AUGGGAGAGUUCCGAUGUAUCACGACUGGAAAUGUUUAUAUCACGAAGAUGGCCGAAGAUGUUUAUAUCAAUUGCAAGAAGAUGGCCGAAUAUGUUUAUAUCACGAAGAUGGCUGAAGAUGUUUAUAUCACGAAGAUGGCCGAAGAUGCCUAUAUCACGAAGAUGGCCGAAGAUGUCUAUAUCACGAAGAUGGCUGAAGAUGUUUAUAUCACGAAGAUGGCCGAAUAUGUUUAUAUCACGAAGAUGGCUGAAGAUGUUUAUAUCAAUUGCAAGAAGAUGGCCGAAUAUGUUUAUAUCACGAAGAUGGCUGAAGAUGUUUAUAUCACGAAGAUGGCCGAAGAUGUUUAUAUCAAUUGCAAGAAGAUGGCCGAAUAUGUUUAUAUCACGAAGAUGGCUGAAGAUGUUUAUAUCACGAAGAUGGUUGAAGAUGUUUAUAUCACGAAGAUGGCCGAAGAUGCUUACAUGUAUAUCACGAAGAUGACCGAAGAUGUUUAUAUCAAUUGCAAGAAGAUGGCCGAAUAUGUUUAUAUCACGAAGAUGGCCGAAGAUGUUUAUAUCAAUUGCAAGAAGAUGGCCGAAUAUGUUUAUAUCACGAAGAUGGCCGAAGAUGUUUAUAUCACGAAGAUGGCCGAAGAUGUUUAUAUCACGAAGAUGGCCGAAGAUGCCUAUAUCACGAAGAUGGCCGAAUAUGCUUAUAUCACGAAGAUGGCCGAAGAUGUUUAUAUCACGAAGAUGGCCGAAGAUGCUUAUAUCACGAAGAUGGCCGAAGAUGCUUAUAUCACGAAGAUGGCCGAAGAUGUUUAUAUCACGAAGAUGGCCGAAGAUACUUCAAUGGACCAAUCAAAUUCCUUGGAGGUUUCAAGUUCGAUCUUCGGCCAUCUUCGGUUGAGAUAAAAAAAAUUGUUACCCUCUUUUCUUAGAAUGUUUCUUCAUGAGAAAAAAUAACAAUUUGAGUUCAAGUUGAGAAAUUUAAUUAUACAUAUUUAAUCA